UCCAAAAUAAUACACAGGAGACAAAUUCUAUUAAAAAAUCACCAAGAAACAAUAUCAAUGGCUGACAGCCGUGAAAGAAUACGAGGACCUUCCCGUGAUGGUCGUGAAUUUCUCACCAGUCCUCGUCAGGUUCUAAGGCGUUUAAUGUUGCUGUCCGAGGGCCGUCAAUAUCGUGAAGCUGCUGGUGUUGUCGGUCGUUUGGGUCCCUCCGUUUUGAGAUCUGUUAUUGCAGAACUGCCCAUAGAUUUGUUGUUGGAACAUUUGCCACACAGUGCUUAUCUGUUGGAAUCGUUUUUCUCGAGAUUAAUUGCCGUAAAUCCCUCACCCAAACCCGAUGUUCCCACUGAAGCAGUACUCUGGCAACUGGUUAGAUUAUUCUCAAAUCCCCAUGAUCCGGGCCUGAAACAACGAUGUUCAAAACUCUUACAAUCUCUCGUACAAUAUGAACCGAAUUUAAGACAAACCAUUCGUGAGACCCGCAAAUCCUUCAGCGAUGCCGUACAGGGUUUAGGAGUUCAUGGCUUAACAACAGAUUCCUCUGGUCAAUUGAUAUCGCUGCAUAUAGCUUUAAAAACCGAACUACAAAGACAUGUCGACACAUACAAAGUGGCCCUGCACAAACUAGAGGAACUAAGUAUGAUCACCAUAAAUCAAGAUCCUGCCCAUUCGUCACAUCAACGAUUGCUGGGCAUUAGUUAUGGCGACAUACAACAGAGACUUAUCGAUAAUAAGACUCUAUUGACGGUACUCGAUAAGCCAGCCUUGAAACAAUUAACUAGUCUCAUAGAAAAUCUCUCACAAAGAGUGGAAAACGACAAAGAGGUCUUGAAGGCGGUGGGUCAAGUGAAAAGGGUGGACAUGCAGGCAAAUGUGGACAAAAGGCCGGCUGCUGGUUUGCUUAUGAAUUUCACACGUGGCUGUGAGAUUAUUUUACAAAUGAUGGGUGUCGAAGGUAUAACGGGCACACCAACAAAUGUCAGCAGUAUGGGGUCACCCAAUGGCAGCAGUUGUUCGGAUGGUUAUCAUUCGGAUGAUUCAGCUAAUGAAGAAAUAAGCGGCAUGGUUUCACAGUAUCGUUUAUUGUAUUUAGAAAAUAGGACAGAUACUUUGGAGGCAUUGGACAGUAUGCCACAACUGAAACACGUUCAUAAUUUGAAAGCGAAAAUCUUAUUCUCAAUUAUAGUGCUUUCAUUCCGUUUGUGUCAUGGUAUGCGAGAACGUAAAGUUAUGGAAGUAAGACGCACCUUAAAUUGUCCAUUGGACAGUACAAAUGAAGUAACAUUGGCUUUGGAUCGCUCCAUACGUCAACAUUUACAUGAGACCAUCGAUUCGUUUCCGUUGGGUGAAAUUGAAAGAUCGGUGUUUAAUCAGGUACUUUCAACUUUGCAUGAAUACCCUUGUUUGGAAUCUUGCCCUCCCCUUAUACAUUUUGUUAGUGCUUGUGCACGUUUAGCCUGGAAAAUGGUUAAUCAAAAGGUUCCCUAUUAUUUGGAUAAUGAUUUUAAUUUGGGUUUUCUACGCCCUGAAAAACACGAACGUCAUGCCUUGGCAGAUCGGCGCUCGGAUCUAAUACGAACCUUUCUAUGGCCCGCUCUAAUGCAGAAUAACCAUUGUGUUUUUAAGGCUAUAGUGACCACUUAAGUCUUUAAAUGUUUAAUAAAAAAAAUUGAUUAUUAUAUUUUUUAAUAAUUCUGUAAAUAUUUAUUAUUAAUUAUGCAAAUAAAAUAAAUAAAAUUUUAUAUUUAUACAUGCAUCUGUAUACCUAAAUCUAAAGUAUUCGUAAAAUACAAAAAAAAUAAAAUAAACGUUUUCUUAAUCUCUAAAAUGUAA